GCGGGCCAACAUGGCGGAAACAAUUUUCCAGGAAGCUAGUUUUUAAUCUUAAAACUAUGCCAUUUGCUUCUAUGAAAUUACAAAAAAUUGUAUACUUUUUAAGAUUUGGUGUGUAGCUUAUUAUUACAUCUCCGAGCGCCCCUUCUAAAUUUUGAGUCUUGCGCAGCGUGGGGAGUUUUGUGCAACCCAAGAAUCACCCAACUUUGGAAAGCUUGCCAGAGACUAAAUUGGAACAAAUGAGCGUCAACAACGUGGCGUCCGUUUGGUAGGUACGAAAAGAGUUAGGAUGAAAAGGUGGAGCGGGAGAAACAGAGAGAGUCAGUGCUCGACUCGUGGACAAGGAGCCACUCGGAACCGUCGACGGUACCGAGGAAGGCAGCGGAGACCUUCAUGGGACGACCGGUGGAAUGGGUACGGCGAUGCAGGCCCAUCAUUCAGAAGAUCUCAGGGGAGAUCUGACAACCAAUGCAGCUCGUCUUCCUCCUCCAACAGCAGUGCAGCACCUGAACUACCAGGUUUCUACUUUGACCCGGAGAAAAACCGAUACUUCCGCUUGUUGCCGGGACACAACAACUGCAACCCUCUGACCCGUGAGCAGCUCCGGAAUAAGGAACAGGAGAAAGAGAGAAAUCGGAUGCUGGUGGAGGAUGGCAGGAGCCGAAAAAAAGCUCCCAGAGCAGGACUGAACUCUUUGUUGCUGCUGCAGAAACGACGUCUUGGCCUGCUACCAGAAAUGUCCUACUGCAGGCGGGUCCACGAGGGGAAGGUAGGCGUAAUGAGACGCCACGAACUGCAGACGAAGACCACGGACAACUUCAGGCACAUUGUGGCCGACUCUGCUUGCGAGCAAGUGUUCACAGUCAACGACAUGGCUCAUGGGGGCUGCAAGUACGGCGUCAUGAGCUUCAGCAGCAACGCCCAGAGGUCUUUGUCGGUGGAAACCUGUGACAACCUUUAUGUUACCUAUCAAAAGGUGAAUUCCCUCUGCUGGGCUUCUGUCAAUUACCCCAAUUCUCACGUGUUACUGUGUCUUGUUGGGGGGCCACACAGUCCCAGCUGUGUGACUCUACUUCCGGCCUCACUCUUUGGCAACUUCAACCCAGAUCAGCCAGGGAUGCUCUACAACUUUAAGAUGCCUGCAGCCUGGUCUUGUGCUUGGUGUCUCCAUCCCAAGUUUGACAAGAUGUUCAGUGUGGGUCUGUCUCACAAGGUGGUAGUGCAACAUGCCGUCACGGCACAAAAACAAACCAUCAGCGUUGGAAGUGACGUCCUCGCUCAGCAGUUCUGCGCUCAAGUUCCCGUGCUGUUCAACGGCUGCCGAUCAGGCGAGAUUUUUGGCACGGACCUGCGACAGCUAGGCAGCCGCAGGGAUCACAGCUGGAAGACCACAAGCUUCCGGCAGGAGUCGGCGAUCACGUGUGUGCGUGUGCUGCAGGACGACAACUUCCUGGUGGCUGCGGACAUGUCGGGCCAGAUCAAGCUGUGGGACGUGCGCGCCACAAAGCCCGUCCAGGAGUACAGGGGUCACCACAACGAACACGCCCACCUCCCCGUCCACGUCAGCGAGCCGGAGGGGCUUCUCUUGGCUGUGGGUCAGGACUGCCACACCAGGUUCUGGAGCCUGAGGGACGGCCAUCUCCUGAGGACCAUCCCGUCGCCCCACCCGGCCGCUAACGACGCCAUCCCGAGCGUUGUAUUCUCCUCCAACAUCGGCGGCCACCAUUCCCAACAUCGGCGGCCGCCAUUCCCCGGCCUGCUGAUGGCCGUUAAGCAGGAUGUCUUCUACUUCCCUUACAACACAGACUACCCGGAAGGUGGAGAGAUGAUGGAUAUUUAAAUGACAGAACACUUCAUUAGGUACACUGCCUUUAUAGAUAAUGCCCAGUGUUUAUUAUUGUGGUUCAUACUGAGGGCUGUUUCUAAUAUUUUGGAUACAUCUCUGUCUAGGUGACUUUAAAGUGAAGAAUGCUGGAAAAAAACAAAACAAAAAAUGUAAACAUUGACCAGUUUAUUCCAUGACUGCAGUGAGUUAAAGCUGCUUUGUCUGACAUCAUUGAAACCGAUCCCCUACACUCCAAAAAAAAAUGUCAAAAUACUCCUUCAGAUUGCGUCCUUGGCAGAUAUACUGAGGAAGUUUCAAUAACAAACAAAAGUAUUCCGAUUAUUAAGUCCUCAGCUCCCAUUAUUCCUUGACUGAGCUUCAAAUAACUAACCGCAAAGCGGGUUUGAGGUUCCAGCCUCAAAGAUGGCGUCAAGUUGUCGUAUUGCUAAUGCCACACUGCAAGUAAAAAAAACCCCAAAAAACAUACUCUAAUUCAAGUAAAGUAAAACAGUCUUAUUAAGGCUCUUGUGUUAUUUUCCGCCUUUUUUUUAAUGCAGUAGCUACAAAGGCCUGUGGGGUUAUUAGAGUAUGUAAGUGUAUUAUGUACAGUAUAAGCUGGAAUGCAUCUAUACUUCUAAAAAAAAAAAAAAAAAAAAAGGCAAGGAAGCAAAAGCUUGUGGAACAAAAAGGUUAAAAUGAGGUUUCUUAGCAAUGUGCACCUAAAACAGGUGCAAAGUCUUAGGACACCAUUAUUGUAGCAAUCAUCACCGUAAAGUGUACUUAAAAGGGAAAAGUACACUUUUUUGGGGGAUUUUGCACAUCAUCCACAAUCCUGAUGUGAGACAUGAACACACAUCUUUCUCUUUUCGGUGCGUUCUAAAGAUAUAAAAACCCCUUAAGGAGGCAGCUAAGAAUACAAGUAAUGGCAAACCUCCAAAAAGUGCCAACAACGCUCCAUUUACAUCAUGUGACCUGCAUAUUAACCAAGCUACAGCAAAAUUGUUACUGUUACUAACAUUAUUACGCCCAAGAACUACUUUACUUGACAACACACCACACCGGCUAGCUUCACCACACACACUCUCACAACGCCUCAGGCCACUACCGAAACGUAAUGCUACAUAUUGGAGCUGCCGCCACUGCUGCUGUGUUUUUGAGUUUGGAAAACUUUACGUUAGAUGUAGCGUUCCUUUCUAUGUUGCUAUGUAAAAUCAGUGCGCCCAGAAAGGAGGUUCCGCUAAUGUGUAAAAAUAAAAUAGUGUAAAUAUUACAUGUUGUUAUGAAUGUACCUGUUACUACAUGCUCACAGCAUGUAUAGAAAACCAUAAAACCUUGCUGGAGGUGUUUUAAUAGCGGGCUUUCUAGGCAGAAUAGGUGUGUCCUAUUUCGUGUAUUACUUAGCUGCCUCUUUUUAGCUGUUUUUAUCUUUAGAAUGCACAGAAUAGAGAAAUACGUGUGUUCAUGUCUCAUAUAAGGAUUGUGGAUUAUGGGCGAAAAAAAAAAAUUCACUAUUGCUUUUAAUGGUAGGUGUGCAUGGUUGUGUGUCGGGUUACUGGACCCCUCCUUCCCCCUCCCUCCCCAAAAAUCAACUGGCUGCAUAGGACCCUCCUCCAAACAGGAAAUAGAUAGCAGGACUACAUGUCGGGUACUAACCAUGUAGACCUGUAAGAACAUACUGUAAGUAGGGAUUGUCCACAACUUGAGUAUAUCUCGUGUGUUCUCGCCUUCUUUAUAGUCACUGACUGACCACAGUUAAAAACAGGAAAUGCCACCAAAAUGUCCGUUUGGCUGCUUCUGUUAGAGUUCUCCUGUCUUCUGGCUGCAAACGCUGCACACCCUCACCGGGUGAUCCCAUCCCCUGGAGGGCACGG